AUGGAUGGGGGUAAUAGGAGGCCCAGCCGGGCCAAUGUAGCGUGGGCCGCAACGACUAAGGAUGACGAUCUACUUCGAGGAAAUGAAAAUUCUCGCCCCGUAGCAACGCCGUCUCAUCGGUCUGCCCUGGGCACGGGAGGUUCCCCGGACGCCCUCGUCGGUCGGCUAUACGCUGGUCCCGGUCGACAACAGCGACUUGCUGAAAAUUCUCCGCCACGGAAUACCUCCUUUGGGACUACCACAGUCCACAACCAGUAUCGUCAAGAUGUUGGCGAUGUUGGAGACAACGUGGCAUCUCCCGUCGGCGGCGUGUCCGGCCUCAUACGCUCUCGCGUCGCAGCUGCAACUGCGGCAACAAGCUUUGAUAGAGAUUCGCUGGCGGAACAACAACAGUCUGAUGCCUUGGUGCCUAGGCUAAUCCAUCACCAACCCUCAGAGGCAUCGCCGCCGGGAAACGACGGCGGCUCUCAGCGGGGGGACGGCAUCAACAGCCCGCCUCGCAUCGGCGUGCGAAACCGAUCAUCAGGUGGCAAUGCCGCGAAAAGGGUGAGAGGCGCGGGAUCGCGGCGUAGCAGUGGCGGAAGUGUAGCCGCAGCGGGGAAUCAGCCACAGAAGCAAGGGCCAUCAGCAGCACGUCAGCAGCAGCCGAGUGUUGGUGGUCGGAUGAUGCUAAGCCGGAGUCUAGGGGCUCUGGGGCAGGCGGGAGCUGGAACAUCGACCCUUGCCAUAGUAAACACGCGAGAUGACGGGGCGCCCUACCUCAGAAGCGAUAAGAUGUCUCCCAAAUCAUCCCUGCGGGCGGGAAGGGGUUUAUCUUCCAUACGGUCUUCUCCUGGUCGAGAACCUCUUAGCGAAGGUCACUUCCUGUACCUUCGUCAGAAGCCCGGGACGGACGCUACGGCGUACAACUUGGAGGUAACAAGUAGCUUCGACCGACAAGCGCCACCGACGGUCGGCGCCCACGCGCAAGGCGGCGAGGGAAAGGGGCAGUCCCCGCCAAGAGGAGGCGGUAACGCCCACCAUGGACGGGGAGCGCAGGGGCAGGGGCAGGGGCACGACUACUACACGCUCAGCCGGGCUGGGAUAACCCACCUGAAAGACUCGUCGAGCGACUUCACGGCGCUGGACCGAUGGGAACGGGAAUACGCGCUGUUCCACCAAAUCAGAAGGAUAUCAUUCUUCGAGCUGUACCGGCGCUGGAAAAGCUUCGCUGUGUGGAAGAGAACCGUGAGGGCCUUCAAGUUCUCCCAGGCGUCUUCGGCCCUGAGGACCGGGCUGUUCGCUUUUGUGCCCCCGCUGAGGCUGGCGAUUGCCGAGAUAAGGAAGGAGUGCGUCUACGUGGAAACCCGGAGGCUGUUCGCGGUAGGACAGGGGGAGACCAUCACCCUCGAGGCCUUCCUGGAGCGCCAACGAACAAAUCAGCAAGAAGGGGCGCAGCUACUCCAAGCGUUUUCGGAGAAAAUUCUUGAGGUCGCUCGCGCGUCUCUCGACGAGGUGGUGGACGGCUUCCUGCGGACGAACGGUAUUGUGGCUGACCACCACAUGACCUUCAUGGAGCGCACGAGCUUGCGGUCCGAGUGCCGCCGGCUGACGCAGUUCCUCCGCCUGGUAGACUUUGUCGUGGUGGACACGCUAAGGGACCUGGUGCUGGGCUCGGUCGCCGAGGCCGCGAGACUUGUCGCCACCCGAGACAUCAGGAUCAUCCACGCCCUGCCGGGCGCCGAAACCGCUCUCCCUGCCGCAACCAGCGCGGUAGGGGCAGGGGGGGUAGUUGGCGGCUCGGAAGGGUUUGAUCGUGGCGCUUCUAGUGCAGGGGGUGCGGGUGGCGGUGCUGGCGGUGGGGGCGGUCGCAAGGCAGCAGGAGAGCCGGCGGGCGAUCAAGUGCCCUUGUUUAGAAUAUCUGUGAACUUCACAGACGAUGGAGAGCUGGUCGUUUCACCCACAGCCGAGGACAUCACGGAGAGUUUUCGAGGCGUCCUGGCGGCAUCCAUCGAGGUGAUCGGGAUCCCGAAGCGCGUCCUGACGAGCCCCGACCUAGCCGCGUACGUGAUGGCGGAGGGGGACGACGGCGAGGAAGGCGGGCGAGCAGAGGUGGGAGUGCAGGACAUGGUCCGUCAGGAUGAACGGUUUGACCACAUAACCGGCAAGAUUUUCAAGGGGCUUCAAUCGGCGUUCGAGCAGGUGAAGGAAUACAUCCAAGUGUUCGAACCGUACAGAGAGACCUACAUGGCCAACAACGAGCACAUGACCAGGGUCAAGCAGGCGUAUACCAACAGCUCCCUGGAGGAGUUCCACAAGGACAUCGACAAGUACCGCGGCAUGACAGAGGAGUUCGAGGCAAUACCUGCGAGAGCCACGGUGGGAAUCAUGGAGGUGGACAGUGAACACAUGCGGAUGCGGCUCAUGCCAAGCCCGGUGCAGUGCCUCAACGCCAUCAAGGAACUUAUACCAGAACUGAUGGAGGCGGGGAGCGGGGCGCUCCUGGAUGAGCUGGAUGCGAUCAUCCCCCACAUCUCGGGGGGGAGCGCCAGCGUGGAAGACUUCGUGGCGAAGAAGAAGGCCGUCGCCGUGGCACACCAGGACAAUCCCGGACAUAUCGAGGCCCGCCAACGGCUGCGGGACAUGGCGGCCAUGAUGAAGGAGUAUGGCUGGAGGGUGCCGGAGGCGCAGAGGGCGAAUCUCAUCAUGGUGGAGGAGAACAUGACCGCGCUAGAAAACGGCGUCCAGGUGGCGGAAUCAAUGGAAGAGGAGGAAACUCGCCGCUUCGCUGAGACCAUCCGAGAAGAGGUUCCAAAGCUGGCGAAGAAGAUAGCGCAGGUGCGGGAGCGGCUGGACAACAGCCUGGUGGCGAGCAUGGAUACCGAGGCGGAGAAGGUGCUGCAGUUCCUCGGCCAGGAGGAGGAUAUGCUCAACCAGCACAAGGACCGCUGCACCAAGCUGAUGGAAUACCAGACGCUGCUGGCGCAACCCGUGGACGAGAUUGACACCCUUGACGAGGUAGUCUCGGACCUCACCCUCAAGAAACGUCUGUGGACCGGAGUCAAGGCGUGGAAGGAGCUCACCGAAACCUGGCUGCUGACCCCCUUCACAGAGAUCGAUGCUAGCAUCCUGGAGAAGCACGUGACCCUGUACCAGAGGACGUGCCACCAGGCCGUGAAGGGGCUGCCUUCCAACCCCGUCGCGAAGAGACUGAAGGAUGAUGUGGACACCUUCAGCCCCGUCCUUCCAGUGGUAGUCAACCUCCGCAACCAGGGCCUCCAGGGAAGGCAUUGGGACCAGAUCCACGAGCUCAUCGGCUUCGAGAUCAAGGGAAGACCCGAGAUAACGCUGGGCGAGCUCAUCGACAAGAAGGUGACCGCCUUCCACGAGGAGAUCACGAGCGUGGCCACCUCCGCGGUGCAGGAAGGCGUGCUGGAAGAGAUGAUGGAGAAGGUGUCGGCUAUGUGGGCCAAGACAGAGUUUGAGGUGAAAAACUACAAGGAAAUCAAGGACUUGUACAUCCUGGGCGACACUUCGGAGGUAGUGGCGAACCUCGAUGACUCCCUGGUUACCAUCAACACGGUCCUGAGCAGCAGAUACGUCGGCGGUAUUCGGGGCAUGGUGGACGAGUGGCGCGGCAAGCUGGUCACGCUUCAGGAAACGCUGGACGAGUGGCAGGCCUGCCAGCGGACAUGGAUGUACCUCGAGUCCAUAUUCGGCUCGCCCGACAUCGUCCGACAGCUCCCGGCCGCGGCCAAGAUGUUCCAGGCGGUGGAUAAGUCCUGGCGGCAUAUCAUGGUCGCCACUGCGGACGAACCGUUGGCUAUCAAGCAGGGCCUGGUGAAGGACCGCAAAGAUACCUUCGCCUCGCACAACGCUGCGCUGGACAAGAUACAGAAGAGUUUGGAGGAGUACCUCGAGACCAAGAGGGCCGCAUUCCCAAGAUUCUAUUUCCUUUCCAACGACGAGCUGCUGGAAAUCCUGUCGCAGGCAAAGGACCCUCAGGCGGUGCAGCCUCACCUAAGGAAAUGCUUCGACAACCUCGUGGGACUGACUUUUGGAGACGAGCCAGGCUCGAUCGACAUCCAUGCCAUGAUAUCCUCGGAGGGGGAGAAGGUACCCCUUGGAAAAAACCUCAAGGCCAGGGGCUACGUCGAGGACUGGCUUAGCCAGGUUGAAGCGCGUAUGAAGACGUCUCUCCAUGGGUUCAUGAAGGCCGGGCUGCUGGACUACGAUACCAAGGCCCGAGAGCAAUGGGUGGGCUGUCACCCUGGGCAGGUGGUUGCGACCGUCGCGCAAAUGACAUGGGCUAGGGGCACAGAAAACGCUCUGCGCUCGGAGAACGCCGUCGCCGAAAUGAAAGAGUGGUUUGACAUCUACGUCAUCGAGCUGACCAAGCUCAUCGUGCGCAUCCGUGGCAACCUGAGCAAGCUAGAGAGGAAGGUCAUCGUAGCCCUGGUUACGACGGACGUGCACGCGAGAGAUAUCAUUGAUGAGCUUUACGAGAAUAAGGUCGACUCAUUGCAGAAUUUCACCUGGCAGCAGCAGCUACGGUACUACUGGGAUAUGGAUCUGGACGACUGCCUGAUUCGGCACUCGGACGCGAGAGUGCGAUACGGUUACGAGUACAUGGGUGCGACGAGCCGCCUGGUGAUCACUCCCCUGACGGAUCGAUGUUGGCUCACGCUCACUGGAUCGUACGAGCUCAAGCUGGGGGCGGCGCCCGCUGGCCCUGCGGGAACAGGAAAGACGGAGACCUCGAAGGAUCUCGCAAAGGCAAUAGGUAUCCUGUGCGUGGUGUUCAACUGCUCGGAUCAGAUCGACUACAAGAUGAUGGGCAAGCUCUUCAGAGGCCUAGCGCAGGGGGGCUCAUGGGUGUGCCUCGAUGAGUUUAACCGGAUCGAUAUCGAGGUGCUUUCGGUGAUAGCCCAACAGCUUCUGGUCCUUCGUGAAGGGCGGUUGAUGGGAAAGCCAGACAUCAACUUCAUGGGCGUCCAGAUUGCCUUAAAGGACCACCACGUAAUUAUCACCAUGAACCCUGGCUACGCGGGGCGAACCGAGCUGCCUGAUAACCUAGCGGUGAGAGUACAGAAGGUGGAGUGCCGUAUACCUGCUCUUAGCACGAAGGUGUGCUUCCGUCCCGUUGCGAUGAUGGUACCGAACUAUGCUCUGAUUGCCGAGAUCAUGCUCUUUGCCGAGGGCUUCGCCGACGCCAAGACUCUGUCCCGGAAGAUGUGCAAGCUCUACAUCUUGUGCUCCGAGCAGCUCAGUCAGCAGCCUCACUACGACUACGGCCUUCGGGCGGUGAAGUCGGUGUUGGUGAUGGCGGGAUCACUAAAGAGAGGCUACCCCGACGUCGACGAAGACUUGACCCUCAUCCGCGCGCUGGUCGACUCCAACGUGCCCAAGUUCCUUGCGGACGACCUUCCCCUUUUCGCCGCAAUCGUCAAGGAUCUAUUCCCCGGGCUGGAAGUACCUUCGAAUGACUACGGGGAGUUCAGUGUUGCGCUUGAGGAGCAGCUCGACAAGCAUGGCCUUCAGAAGGUGCCACUGUUCAUGGGGAAGAUCAUCCAAAUGUUCGACGUGUUCAACAUCCGCUUUGGUGCGACACUUGUGGGUCCCACGGGAGCGGGCAAGACCACCUGCUACAGGAUGCUAGCAGCCGUGAUGACGGAUCUAAGGAAUAAGGGCUCCGUCAACCCAGAGUUCCAGGUGGUCAAGUACGAGGUGCUGAACCCAAAGUGCAUCACGAUGGGAGAGCUCUACGGAGAGUUCAGCGAACUCACCCAGGAGUGGCACGACGGCCUCGCGUCCACCAUCAUGCGGAGAGCUGUGGCUGAUGAAGGGGACCACAGGAGAUGGACGGUGUUCGACGGCCCUAUCGACGCGCUGUGGAUCGAGAACAUGAACACCGUACUCGAUGACAACAUGACCCUCUGUCUUGCCAACGGCGAGCGCAUCAAGCUCAUGAUCGAGAUGAAAAUGCUCUUCGAAGUGAUGGACCUUGCCGUGGCCUCACCCGCUACGGUUAGCCGCAUCGGCGUGAUUUACAUGACGCCGUCCAACCUCGGAUGGAUGCCAUACGUGCAGAGCUGGAUUCCCACGGGUUUACCCGAGGGGUUCCCGGAGGUGGCGCGGCAGCACCUGCUGCACCUGUUCGAGGUGUGCGUGCAGAAGGGCCUCGAUUUCCAGAGAAAGCGAUGCAAGGAACCCGUCUCCUGCGUCGACAUCCAGCUCGCCACUUCCUUGUCGUUUAUCUUCCAGUCGUUAAUCGUCAAGGCGGACUCCACCUUUUCACUCCCGGAGGCGGAGCUCAACGCUUUCGUGGACAAGUUGUUUGCCUUCAGCUACGUAUGGUCCAUUGCCGGGAGCGUUCAAGGGGAAGGAUGGGAGAGAAUGGAGGAUUUCUGCCGGGAGCUGUUCGAGGCGGAGGGGCUCCAGCUCAAGGCCCCUCCUGCCCUAACCCUCUUCGAGGUCUACGUCGACCCGGUCGCAAAGGAGUUCCGACCCUGGAAGGAUGUCGUGAAACCGUUCUCCUACGACCCCACCGCCUCGUACUUCGAGAUGAUGGUGCCGACGGUGGACACGACGAGGUUCAGCAACAUUUUCAGCGCGUUAAUCACACAGAACAAGCCUGUUUUCGUGACGGGGAUGACGGGAACCGGUAAGACGGUGACGGUGCAGAACCUCUUGAGCACGCUGGAGCCCCCGCCGGAAGACGGCGGCCAGAACGUGGUGCCGAUGACGGUUAAUUUCUCGGCGCAGACGUCGUCCCUGGUCACUCAGGCGUCCAUCGAGGGGAAGCUGGAGAAGAAGCGGAAGAAUCUUCUCGGUGCCCCUGCGGGAAAAAAGGUGGUGAUUUUCGUGGACGAUGUCAACAUGCCCGUCGUGGAGGAGUACGGAGCACAGGCACCGAUCGAGCUCCUCCGCCAGUUCCUUGACUUCAAGGGUUUCUACGACCGCGACAAGCUGUUCUGGAAGGAGAUAGCGGACACGAUGCUCAUCACCGGGGCCGCCCCCCCCGGCGGAGGGCGCAGCGAAGUCACCCCGCGCUUCGUGCGGCAUUUCAACGUGUUCUGCGUCCCUCAGGCCUCGACAACAGCCAUGCAGCUGAUAUUUUCUUCCAUGCUCAAGGGCUUCCUCGGGGCCAAGUUCGACACAGAAAUCAAGAAUAGGGCCGAUGGGAUCGUCAAUGCAACGAUAGAGGUGUACGAGCGCAUUUCGAGGGAGCUGCUGCCGACGCCUGCAAGGUUCCACUACACGUUCAACCUGCGAGACAUAUCUAAGGUGUUCCAGGGCUUCCUCAUGAUCACCGCACCCCGCUGCACUACCGUCGAGACGGCUGUGAGGUUAUGGGCGCACGAGUGUUCGAGAGUGUUCUACGAUCGUCUUAUCAACCGGGAAGAUCAGCAGUGGUUCGAGGACUUAGUUGUUGAGCUGCUUCCGCGGUAUCUCAAGGUGUCAUGGUCGAAAGAGGAUAUUUUCGACGAGGGCUCUCCGCUCAUCUUCUGCGACUUCCUCAAGCCCGGCGCUGAGAAACGGUUAUACGAGGAAUCCAGAGACAUGGGGAAAAUGCAGCAGAUACUGAACGACAGCUUGGACGAGUACAACGUGACCUUCGCGAACCAGAUGAACAUCGUCUUCUUCGCCGACGCCGUGGUGCACGUGACGAGGAUCGGCCGCGUCCUGAGGCAGCCCCGCGGUAACGCCAUGCUCGUCGGGGUGGGCGGCAGCGGUAAGCAGAGCCUGACCAGGGUCGCUUCCUUCGUGGCCGGGUACGAGUGCGUGCAGAUCGAGAUCAACCGGGGGUACGGCCUCAUGGAGUUCCGCGAGGACAUUAAGAAACUCAUGAUCAAGACGGGCGUGGAGGGUAAGAACGUGGCCUUCCUCUUCACCGACACCCAGAUCGUGGUGGAGACCAUGCUGGAGGACCUCAAUAACGUGCUCAACUCGGGCGAGAUUCCGAACCUCUUCCCGCAGGACGAGCAGGAUAAAGUCGCGGCCGACAUGAUUCCCGUUUGCAAAGAGCUCGGUAUCUCGGAGGCCCGCGACACCUGCCUCGCCACCUUCGUCACCCGCGUGCGGGAGAAUCUCCACGUUGUGCUUUGCGUGUCCCCCGUGGGAGAUGCUCUUCGGGUCCGCUGCCGCAACUUCCCCUCCCUCAUCAACUGCACCACCAUCGACUGGUUCUUCCCGUGGCCGGAGGCGGCCCUCGUCAGCGUGGCCGAGAGGUUUAUCGAGGGCGUUCCCCUCCCUUCCGACGAGGUACGCGCCGGGUUGAUCCGCAUGUGCGGGGUGGUUCACACGUCCAUCAAGGUCUUCGCCGACAAGUUCUAUGAUGAGCUCGUUCGACGGGUGUACACCACGCCCAAGUCGUACCUCGACCUCAUCAACAGCUAUACCGCCAAGCUGGGCGUGCUUCAGGGUGCCGUGGAAACCAAGGCCCAACAGAUGGAGGUCGGCGUGACCAAGUUAAACGAGACGAACGCGAUGGUGGAGGGGCUCAAGGGAGACCUGACCAAGCUGGAGCCUGUCCUCGAGCAGGCCUCCAAAGACGCCGAGAAAUUGCUCAAGCAAGUCGAGAUCGACAAGGCCGAUGCCGCCAAAGUCAAAGACAAGGUGGGCAAAGAAGAAGCGGAGGUGGGAAUCCAAGCCGCCGAGGUGAAGGCGGUCCAGGCAGACGCGCAGGCCGACCUCGACGUGGCCCUCCCCGCGCUAGAGGCGGCCCUCAAGGCGCUAGACAGCCUAACCAAGAACGACAUCACGGAGGUCAAAGGGUUCGCCAAGCCACCCCCGGCGGUGCAGAUCGUCAUGGAGGCGGUAUGCAUCUUGCUCGAGUCCAAGACGGACUGGGAUUCGGCGAAGAAAGUCCUGGCAGAUACCAGCUUCAUGGACAAGCUCAAGAACUACGACAAGGACAACAUCAGCCCGACGAUACUGAAGAAGAUCAAGCCGUACGUGGAAAAUCCCAACAUGGCGAUCGACGUGGUCACCAAGGUGUCAAAGGCUGCCUCAGGGCUGUGCAUGUUCGUCCACGCCAUGGACGUGUACUCCAAGGUUGCGAAGGUCGUAGCUCCCAAGAAGGCCAAGCUGGAGGAGAUGAACAGCUUGCUGGCUGCUGCGAAUGCCACCCUGGCGAUCAAGCAGGCGGAGCUGAAAGAAGUCAACGACAAGGUCGAGGCCCUGGAGGCGCAGUGUGCCGCAACCGUGGGCGAGAAGAAGCGCCUCGCCGACGAGGCCGAGACCACCGCCAACAGGCUGGUGCGAGCGGAGAAGCUGACCUCCGGCCUUGCGUCCGAGGGCGUGCGGUGGCUGGAGUCCCUCGAGAACCUGGGCAAACAGAAGGUGGACCUUAUCGGCGACGCGUUCUUGUCCUGCGGGUGUCUGUCGUACUACGGCCCCUUCACAGGGGGCUACCGCGACGACCUCGUGGCGACUUGGAUGAAGAGGGUGAAGCAAGAAGGCAUCCCUUGUAGUGGUGGGGGCGACAGUGCCGGAGGAGACGGGGACGAUGAAACUGGUGAUGGUGGUGGUGGCGGUGGUGGCGGUGGGUUCUCUCUGAUUGGGACGCUGGGGGACCCGGUGGAGAUUCGGGGGUGGCAGAACUGUGCUCUCCCGACGGAUAAGGUGUCCACGGACUCGGCUAUUUUAGUCGCAAAGGGGACGAGAUGGCCCCUGAUGAUAGACCCGCAGGGACAAGCCAACAAGUGGAUAAAAAAAAUGCACGAGGGGGAUGACAUCGAGGUGACCACAAUGACCAAUGCCAAGCUGCUGCGGUCCCUGGAGAACUGCAUUAGGGUCGGUCGGCCUCUCCUGAUCGAGGACAUCACGGAGCACAUAGAGCCCGCGCUCGAGCCUGUCCUUCAGAAGGCGACCUUCAAGCAAGGAAACCGGACUCUCAUCAGGAUCGGCGACUCGGACGUGGACUACGCCGACUCUUUCAAGAUGUAUCUCACAACCAAGAUGCCCAACCCACACUACCUCCCCGAGGUGUGCAUCAAGGUCAACAUUAUCAACUUCACCGUCACCAUGGAGGGCUUAGAGGACCAGCUGCUAGGACAGGUCGUCGCGAAAGAGCGGCCGGACAUCGAGAAGCGCAAGACUCAGCUCCUGCUGAGAAUGGCCGAAGACAAGAAGCAGCUCUCGGACCUGGAGGCCCGGAUCCUCCAUCUCUUGUCCAACUCCUCCGGAAACAUCCUUGACGACGAGGUCCUGAUCAACACCCUGGCGGACUCUAAGACAACCUCCAGUAUCAUCAAGGAACGAGUGGAGGAGAGCGAGAAGACGGAGAUCGAGAUCGAUCUCGCGCGGAAGAAGUACACACCGGUCGCCACGCGAGGAUCGAUCAUCUACUUCGUCAUCGCUGACCUCUCCGGCAUCGACCCGAUGUACCAGUACUCGCUCCAGUACUAUCAGACACUCUUCGACAGGUGCAUCGACGGAGCGGAGAAAGACUCCGACCUCGGUCGAAGACUCGCCAACCUAGUGUCGUAUUCUACGCGCGUCAUUUACGGGAAUAUCUGCCGCGGUUUGUUCGAAAGGCAUAAGCUGCUCUUCAGCGCGCUCAUCUGCUUCCAGAUCCUCCGACAUCGUUCCGAGAUACCCCGGGAGGAGUGGGCGCUGUUCCUGCGCGGACCUGGGCCCGUGGACCGGUCCGCGCAGCCCCCGAACCCGAACCCGGCCCGGUUGACGCCCGUACAGUGGGAUCUUCUGUUCGCCGCGGAGCAGCGCGCCGUGGGGGGCGGUGGCCACUCCAACGAAAGUGGGGGUGGGCAGGAGGAGGAAGGAGAUGAAGGCGUUGAUGGUGCUGCAUGUUCGCCGCUGGAGGGUCUUUGCGAGAGCUUGACGGAAAGUUGGGAGGCCUGGGUUUCCUGGGCGGACAAGGGGGACGUCUGGGACGAGUCGCGGAUCCCCGGCGGGUUUUUCGGGAAAGGGAAGGGGGGGGAAGGGGCGAGCUCGUUCCAGAAGUUGCUGCUCGUCAAGGCGUUUCGAGAGGACCAGCUGCUGCGGUGCAUCGCCAAGUUCGUCGGGGAGAAACUCGGCAGCAGCUUUGCGGAGAGCCCUUCGGCAUCGAUGGAGGAUAUCUACGCGGACUUAGAUAACAAGACCCCCUGCAUCUUCAUCCUGUCCACCGGAGCCGACCCGACGUCCAUGCUGCUUCGAUUCGCGAAGGUUAUGGGAUACGCGGAUCGACUGAGCUUGGUGUCUUUGGGCCAAGGGCAGGGCCCCUACGCGGCAGAGCUAGUGGAGAAGGGAACCAAAACGGGGGACUGGGUUCUACUGCAAAACUGCAUGCUUGCCAAGUCGUGGAUGCCGGCGCUGGAGAAGAUCGUCUUUGGGCUAGCCGACGCCACGGAGGCCAACAACGAGGCCUUCCGCCUCUACCUAACCAGCGCGCCGGCCACGUACUUCCCCGUGUCUAUCCUCCAGAACGGCGUGAAGAUGACCAACGAGCCGCCCAAGGGCAUCAAGGCGAACGUCGCCAGGUCUUGGGCGAACCUAAUGAAGGAAGAUGAGUGGGAAACUUGCGCCAAGAGGGACGAGUUCAAGAGAAUGAUCGUCGGACUUCUCUUCUUCCACGCCAACAUUCAGGAAAGAAGGAAGUUCGGACCGUUGGGGUGGAACAUCCGGUACGCCUUCGACGAGUCCGACCUCGAAACUUCCAUCGCGGUCAUGAGAAAAUUCCUCGAGGAGCAGGACGAGGUGCCGUGGGAUGCACUGCGCUACGUGACCGGGCAGAUCAACUACGGCGGAAGGGUCACCGACGACUGGGACCGGCGCUGCCUCAUGAGCGUCCUGGGGAUCUACAUCAACGACGGGAUCCUCAAGUCCGGAUACAGGUUCAGUGGCUCCGGGAUAUACUUCUCGCCGUCCCCUGGUCCCUUCCAGGGCGUGAGCGACUACUUCGGGCAGCUUCCGGGGGUGGACAACCCGGAGAUUUUCGGCAUGCACGAGAACGCCAACGUGACUUUCAACACCAACGAGUCGCUGGGCCUCAUGCAGACGAUUCUCUCCCUCCAGCCGCGCGAGAGUAGCGCGGGCGGAGGCCGGAGCAACGACGACAUUGUGACGGAACUUGCCGAGGAGCUCGAGGCUCAGAUCCCGCCGCUUCUGGACGACGACGACGCUGGACCUACCACCUUCGUCCUACAGGAGAACGGGCUGCUGCCAUCGCUGGCCAUCGUGCUGAAGCAGGAGAUGGUGAAGUUCAACAGGCUCCUCGCGGCUAUGGGCUCGUCCAUCACCGAGCUCAAGAAGGCCAUCAAGGGGCUCGUUGUCAUGUCUCAGGAUCUUGACCGCAUGUACACAAGCUUCAUGAACAACCAAGUGCCGGCGCUUUGGACGCGCGUGAGUUUCGCCAGCCUCAAAAGUCUUGCAUCUUGGAACAAGGACCUCCUCUUCAGGGUAAUCUUCAUGCGGGGCUGGCUCAAGGAGGGGCAACCGGCGUGCUUCCCUUUACCAGUGUUCUUCUUUCCCCAGGGGUUCAUGACCGGCACAUUGCAGACCUUUGCGCGAAAAUAUCAGGUGGCGAUCGACACGCUCACCUACAAAUUUGACGUGAUGCGAGAAGACCCGUCUGACGUCACGGAAGGCCCUGACGACGGAAUCUACUGUCACGGCUUAUGGCUAGAAGGCGCAAGGUGGGAUUCCGACGCCUGGAAGCUCCGCGAGUCCCACCCUGGAGAGAUGUACAUGGAGCUCCCGCUCAUUCACUUCAUGCCCGCGGCGGGGCACAAGACAGCGGAGUGGGACUACGCGUGCCCCGUAUACAAGACGGCCGAGAGAAAGGGGGUGCUCAGCACGACGGGCAUGUCGACAAACUUCGUCAUCGCGGUGGAGCUGCCGACGGACGUGAGCCCGGACGUGUGGGUGAUGUUUGGCGUAGCCGCACUGUGCAACCUCACGGACUGA